CUUCAUUCGUAGUAUUCAAACCUCAAGUCAACAAGAGAGACGAACCAUUCAAACAUGGCGAGAAGGUAGGCACUUUUCCGAACAUAUCAAAAGAAGAGUAAGCCUGUAAUAUAUAUAAAAAAGCAUUUGUUCCUUUUAUUCUCGAUCAGAAGUCCACAUUGAUAGGAAGAAAUUUCCGUACAUAGGAUUACUUGCAAACACCAACUGACCAUAUUCAAGAUGCUGGAAAAUUGGUCGGCCAUAGUCAUUGCGCUUGCUACGAUUCCCUUAGCUGCAUUAAUUAUAUUUUCCCUUUUCUUUGUGUCAAAAAAAACCAUUCAAAGAAAAGCACCGGCCAUAUUUUUGGUGGGACCUAGUGAGUCUGGAAAAACGACCUUGUUUUGCCAGCUUGUUUAUGAAAAAGGUGUGUCUACCGUUCCCAGUAUAGAACCGAACGAGGCUUUAUGGAAAGAAGAUAUCGUCCUUGUAGAUCUACCCGGACAUGCCAGAACAAAGCAUUGGACGGAAAAGAAGUUGAAUGAAAGCUACGAUGUACGGCAAAUAGUUUUCGUUUUGAACAGCGCAACCUUGGACCGAGAUUUGCAUGAAGUCGGGCUCGCUUUAUUCGACUUGCUGCUAAAGUGCAGAAAGCACAAAAUAUCAAAAGUUCUCGUAGCAUGCAACAAAUUUGAUUUGUUUACAGCUCAACCAGCAAAGCAAAUCGAAACGGCUGUGAAGAAGGAAUUAAACAACAUUUUUGAAGAAAAGGAAUCUCAACUUGACUCCAUCGUGACACAAGAUGUUGACUGGGAUGAGCUUCGUCCUCAACUUGAAGACAUCCAGCUAGAGUUUCUUUCAGGAAGUGCUCUAAAGGGCACCAACAUGAACCAAUGGAUCGAGUGGAUGGAAUCCUCUCUGUAAGCGACGAAACAACCCAACGCAACGCAAACAUGCCGACCAUUCUUACAUUUCGUUCCUUUAUGUGUAUUCUAUUUUAAAACUUGUUACGAUUGGGUUGUUCCAUGAAGUAGGAGCUUGAUGAUUUUAUGGUCACUAUAUCUUUUUCAGACGCACCGACAAUUUGUUUGGAUACGACGAAAAAGUCGUUUCACAAAAAGACGACAUUGGGAACAAAACAUGUUUGAUUAAAAAACAUCUAUUACUACUACUGUAAAUAAAGGAUUUAUAAUUUUUUUAUAAUCUAUACCACCUUUCUAAUCACCUCUUUCAUAGUCUUUUUCAUAGUUUUAUGUACAAGAAGUUUCAUCUACCGGUGUUGAAUGGAUAGGUAAGGAAUACGAUACAAGCUAAAUACAAUGGAGAGGACAACAGCAAGAGAUUCAGAAUGUUCAACAAAUAAAUGACAUUGAAAAAUUAAUAAGGAGAA